CUCGCCUACCCAGCGCCUCGCCAUGGCUGCCGUCCAGCUCACCAAAAAGGCCAUCACCAUCCCCCCGACUGUCCGCACGCUCGCGUCGGGCGUGCCCCUCGCGCCGCACAUCAACCUCGCUGCUCGCGCGCCCGCCGGUCACGGGCACGAGCACGGGCACGGCGCUGCGGGCCCCCGUUCUGACAUCCCUGCCCGGUGGGCGGGCGGUGUAUCGCGGUCGCCGACUGCUGGCCUUGUGUCCAAGAGCUAUAUUUCCGUCCCCGUGACUGGUGUUUUCCAGAGGAGCCUCAUUCACACCUCCUCCGUGGCCCGCGAUGCGCCGCAAGUCCCCGACUUCUCCAAGUACGAGGCGAAGAGCGAGGGCACGAACCGCGGGCUCGCGUACUUCAUGAUCGGCUCGCUCGGGCUGCUCUCUGCGUCCGCAGCCAAGUCGACGGUGACGGAGUUCCUCGCGACAAUGUCCGCGUCCGCCGACGUGCUCGCCAUGGCGCGUGUCGAGGUCGACCUCGCAGCCAUCCCCGAGGGCAAGAACGUGAUCAUCAAGUGGCGCGGGAAGCCCGUGUUCAUCCGUCACCGUACGACCGGCGAGAUUGAGGAGGCCCGCGAGUACGACUGGAAGAGUCUGCGCGAUCCCGAGAGCGACGAGCAGCGCACGAAGAAGCCCGAGUGGCUCGUUAUGCUCGGCGUCUGCACCCACUUGGGUUGUGUGCCUAUCGGCGAGGCCGGUGAUUAUGGAGGCUGGUUCUGCCCCUGCCACGGUUCCCACUACGAUAUUUCCGGACGUAUUCGCAAGGGCCCGGCUCCUCUCAACCUCGAAGUUCCUACAUACGACUUCAAUGAGGCUGAGGGCAAGCUUGUCAUUGGUUGAUAGACCUAUAUACACGUAGAGCAUGCAAUAAUAUUGCGUUGACGGUCUUCACGCGGACGGAUAAUUUUUCUCCUGUCUUGUGUGUACUGAGAACCCGAACAUUAAUCACACCAAUGAUU